CGACCGUGUGUGGUAUGGGUGAUCGGUCGGUGCCUUCACUCCGUGUGUGUUUUUUCAUGUCCUGCCCGCCAUGCAAGACAAAGAUACAACUAGCUCAGCUGCACAUUUUGACGCGAUAGAAGUGGACGCACUCAAUGGUCUGCCAAGGCAAUCAGUCACUCUAGAUGGCACAAACCCUCAGACACACACACAUAGUCAGAGAGAGAGAGAAGAGAAGGGAGGCGCGAAUUCAUCAGAAUCCGACUCACAAGGCCUCGGGCGAAUGGAUGUCACACGCGGGCACGUAUCUCUCACUCUCAUCAAUCAUUGUCGCGUCAAGUCAGUCAUUGCGCCAGUCAGUCAGGUGCCUCACUGGUAAGUAGCUAUGCUACCCCAGGUCCGCCCCGCCGCCUGGCACGUUGAGGUUCUGCGCCAUCUCUGCGCUGGCCUUCAUGACGAUGGUGUGGGCCUCGUACAUUCUGUCCAUGCACUUGGCCAGACAGAUCUGCUCGUUCUUGGACAUCCGGUCGCUGAAACGAGACCCGAAACACUUGUCGAAGCACGUCUUGCGCACUUGCUACACACACACACACACACGCACAUCAGACAGACAGACAUGACGGACGUCUUGUUGGUGGCUUACGUUGUUGAGCAAUUGGAGUAUCAUGACGUUGAGGGCGUUCUGUGCCUGGCUCAUUUCGGCAGCAGAGGGCGCCGCAGAUCCGCCGCUGCCGAGGCCGCCUGUGCCGAGGGAAUCCAUGAGAAACGUUGAUGCAGCGGCAAAGAAGGGGGACUGCACCACAGAUCUGUGACCACGCUGCCUCACAGACGACGAAACGCACAC